ACAGAGGUUAGCCGCGCGCGUACUGCUGCAAUAAAUGUGUUCUUUGCGAUUUUGUGCGUAAAUCUGAACGAACGAGAUAGUUUGUCGAUGUUGAUGUAAGCGUGCACUUUUUAGCUACAGACCCGCAGACAAAAACAGAGCCCGCGUGUUCGUUAGCGGUGAACAGUGCGUGAAACUGAAUGGUCAUUCAUUUUUCAAGCCGUUCGCUAGCUUGUUAGCUAGCUAGCCGACUAACGUGUUUACGCGUGCUAACAAACGGAGAAGAACGCUAGUGAAUGUUGAAGGGUUAUUGAGUGAGCGUUUGUGGUCCACAUAGUUCGUGCGUGCCUUUGACUACCGAUAUAGUUCAGUCUCGUCCCCCGGUUGACUAAAGUAACGUUAAACUUCAUCGACGAUCGACUCUACAAAAACUCGCGUGCACCAUUCCGGUCUUUAACUUUUAACUCCAUCGGCUGCUUCCACUUGGACCGGCGAUCGACCUUUUAGAGACCAUGUCGGAGUUGUACAUUCGUGUGGCUGAGGAUGAAAGCGAAGAGCCCAUGGAGAUUCCUUCCGAGGAUGACGGUACUAUAUUGCUGUCAUCUGUAGCCGCACAGUUUCCAGGCGCGUGCGGGCUGCGGUACCGGAACCCGGAGUCCCAGUGCAUGAGGGGGGUCCGGCUGGUGGAGGGGGUCCUUCAUGCCCCCGAGAACGACUGGGGAAACCUGGUCUAUGUCGUCAAUUACCCUAAAGAUAACAAAAGAAAGAUGGAAGAAAUUGAUGCGGCCUCGGCUGUGAAAGUGAAAAGAGGCUUUCAGAAGACGUCGGAUCUCAUCGUCCUCGGGCUGCCGUGGAAAACGUCGGAACAAGACCUGAAGGAUUAUUUCACCACCUUCGGGGAGGUCAUCAUGGUGCAGGUCAAGAGAGAUUUAAAGACUGGCAACUCCAAAGGGUUUGGGUUUGUCAGAUUCACUGAGUACGAGACACAAACCAAAGUGAUUGCUCAGAGACACAUGAUUGAUGGACGAUGGUGUGACUGCAAACUCCCCAACUCAAAGGCGUCUCCCGAUGAGCCCAUGCGAAGCCGUAAAAUCUUUGUUGGCCGCUGCACAGAGGACAUGACCACGGACGAGCUGAGGCAGUACUUCAUGCAGUAUGGCGAAGUCACGGAUGUCUUCAUCCCCAAACCGUUCCGGGCUUUUGCAUUUGUCACGUUUGCCGACGACCAGGUUGCCCAAGCCUUGUGUGGAGAGGACCUGAUCAUCAAGGGCAUCAGCGUGCACAUCUCCAAUGCCGAGCCCAAACACAAUAAUAGUAGGCAAAUGAUGGAUCGUGGGAGGUUUGGGGCUGGGGGGUUCAGUCAGGGCUAUGGCAGUAAUCGCGGGGGGCUAGGCAGCGGUAGCGGUGGGGUAAACUUUGGGGCUCUCGGUCUAAACCCAGCGAUGGUCGCUGCUGCCCAGGCGGCGCUGCAGAGCAGUUGGGGAAUGAUGGGCAUGCUGGCUAACCAGCAGGGUCUGACCACCACGGCAGGCACGGCCCCGACCACCCGAGACCAGACGUACAGCUCCUCCAGCACCAGUUACAGCAGCCCCAGCUCGGCUAGCCUCGGCUGGGCUGCAGGCACUAACACGGCCUCCACUAGUGGCUUCAGCUCUGGCUUUGGUACCUCUAUGGAUUCCAAGUCUUCUAGUUGGGGAGUGUAGGUAGCUUAGAGUUGCGCUUCUCUGUUGCUGUUAGGCUAAUCCGGUAAGUAUACAUACAGUUGGGAACUGCUUAUAUCUUAUGUUCCUAUUAUUAAACAUAUACUGCCUUUUUAUUUUGUUAAAAAGAGAAAAUUUAUACUUGCGUGUGACUGAUUAUGUCAUGCAUUGAAUGGGUGGAAAGUUUAGUUUGUUAGUGGAAACUCCUACACUUCAUUUUGUUUUGUUGUUAAAUGUUAAAACAGAGGGCUGCAUGCAAGAUAAAUAUUUAAACAUGCACGAGUAUCUUGAGAGCCCCUCGUCCCCGUGUAAAAUGAGCUUGAUAGAACUUUAUAUCUGUGUGCAGUUCAUUGAUUCUUUUUGUUUUGACGUCAUUUGGAAACGCCUUCAUGAAAAUCUCUUCUGCAGUUCAUCAACUCUUUCCCAAUUUCCCGGGAGGAAGCGCCUCAUUGGCUGCAAUGUUCGACCGAUCUCAGUAUCAAUUCCCCUCUUCCCAUGUGUAAAUGCUUUGCCAUCAAAGAACACAGCUUCACUCUGCAUAUUCUGUGUUAGACGGUGGGUGUUGUCUUUUUUUCCUCCCUUUUUUUAAGGAUAUAGAAAUCUUGUCUACUCUUGUCGCUUUUCAAGAUCAAUGAGUGGGAUUGAUGUUGGACCGAGUGAGUGCGCGAACGGGAGAGCAAAUUGAGAGGAGUGUGGAAAGGACUGUUUGUGCGGAACAUUUUUUUAAAGAAACAAAUGCCUGCGAGAGUGGAGAAGAACCUGUGGCUUUGUGCGAGUGUGAGCGGAAGAAGCAAGUACGAGUGUGUCCCAAAUGGCCAUCACGAGGACAUUUAUUGCAUCUCGAGAUCCCUCUGGUCUCUGCUUUUUGUCAUCAUCUUUCAUCCUUAAUUCUUUAAAAAAAAUAAGUGAAAUGUCAAGUAUUUGUAUCCCUUUAGUAGCUUUCUCUUGCCGUCUGAUUUAAUGUGGAUGCUGUGUCUGGUUGUUUGCUUUAUUUUCUCCUUGUUACCACCCUCUCUGUGUGAAAAUGCGACUUUGAGUCUGUGUGGAAAGAAAUUACAGAAAGUGUGUUUAAGUUUGAGGUGGUGUGGUGAGUGUUCCCAUUGAAAGUUUGUGUUUGAAGUGGUUACGAAUGCUUUUCUAUGUUUUGUGAAUCAAAGGGAAGUCUGAAAUAAAAACUGAAUUUGACUAGGUAUGAUA